UUUGUCAGCGCCGGAAAAACUUCCGGCAUCGGUGACGGAUCGCGGGCUGCCUUUUGGGUGGGUUUCAUUCCGCGCGAACAGAUUUGUGUGCGUGAUUAGCUCCUGCCACCGCGGAUGGCGAGAGACCUGAUCGGGCCGGCGCUCCCGCCCGGCUUCAACGCCCGCGGGACAGCGGAGGACGAGGAGAGGGACCCGAGCCCGGUUGCAGGACCAGCUUUGCCCCCUAAUUAUAAAAGCAGUAGUUCGGAUUCAUCAGACAGCGAUGAGGACAGUAGUUCUUUGUACGAAGAAGGAAAUCAGGAGUCUGAAGAAGAUGACACUGGUCCAACUGCAAGAAAACAGAGGAGAAAUCAGGAUGAUGACGAUGAUGACGAUGAUGGAUUUUUUGGACCAGCUCUUCCUCCUGGAUUUAAAAAGCAGGAUGAGUCUCCUCCAAGACCAAUAAUAGGUCCUGCAUUACCACCUGGUUUUAUUAAAUCUACACAGAAAAGUGACAAAGGCAGAGAUGCUCCAGGACAACAGGUAUCAUAUUUCAACUCUAAGGAAACAAGUAGCAGUGAAGAUGAUGAGGACAUUGUUGGACCAAUGCCUGCAAAAGGACCAGUUAACUAUAGUGUAACGACAGAGUUUGAAAAAAGGGCCCAGAGAAUGAAAGAAAAACUGACCAGAGGAGAUGAUGAUUCACCUAAACCUAUUACAAGGGAGUCCUGGAUGACUGAGCUUCCUCCAGAAAUGAAAGACUUUGGUCUUGGGCCAAGAACGUUUAAGAGAAGAGCUGAUGACAAGUCCGGAGAUCGAUCGAUUUGGACAGAUACUCCAGCUGACAGAGAAAGGAAAGCUAAAGAAACACAAGAAGCAAGAAAGUCAUUCAGUAAGAAGGAUGAAGAACAUAUAUUGUCUGGAAGGGAUAAGAGAUUGGCUGAGCAGGUAUCCUCAUACAAUGAUUCAAAAAGAUCAGAAUCUCUUAUGGACAUACACCAUAAAAAAUUAAAGAAUAAAGCCGCUGAAGACAAAAAUAAGCCCCAAGAGAGAAUACCAUUUGACCGUGAUAAGGAUCUCAAGGUUAAUCGGUUUGAUGAAGCUCAGAAAAAAGCUCUAAUAAAGAAAUCCAGAGACUUGAACACCAGAUUUUCACAUGGCAAAGGCAAUAUGUUUUUAUAAGGGGAUUUCCCUGUGCAAUGAAGAGAAGUUUGAAGAAUACUCUUUUAUCUGUCUGUCCGUCCACCUUUAUUCCUUUGUUCCAGCUUCUCACUAUUAGAGAUUGGUUUUUAUAAACCAAACAUGCUUAACUUUGUUCAUUGUGUCCUUCAAGGUCAAGUGGAAACAUGCAGUCAGUGUUUCUUAUGUGGAAUAGAAUAUAUAUCUUUGGCUUCUGAGGAAGCCUGGCCUUUUCUUCAAAUAAUUACUUGGGUUUUGUUUUUUGUUUGUUUUCUGAUUUUUGUGGUGUCUCUUGAGUACCCGCUAAGAUCUGGUCAGUCCUGUCCGCUCAGUCUCUACCACAGCCUGGAGCUUCCUUGUCAGAUACUGCUAACCUGUCCUGGAAUCAGUGGCUCAGAUGCUUACAGAAAAUCCAUGAAUUUCAUAUUGGUCAGUUUUUCCUUCUAAGUUACAGCUGGUGAAUACACAUCUACUUGAAAAUAGA